AUGCAGCGCCAAGCGAAGGAGUUAAGAACGAGGCGUCUGAUCUGCAGCACAAGCGACAAGAGCUGUUGCGUCCCGCAGCCAAAAUCCUCCAAUUUCAGCGAAAGAGAGACGCAUGACUUGCAGCUUGUUUCUGCGCGCAGUGUCACCGACCCUUCACCGUCUGCUCUGCUGCAAGGAUACUUCGGCUCCGCCAGUUCGAGACCUUCGAGCAGUCACCGCAACCGCUCGCCGUAUUCUCGCUCCCACCUCAGGUCACGAUCGACGGGUGCGGCGCUGAAUGCGCCGGCCAUGACAAGAGCACAUUCGAGUCCUGCGGUUCACACUAGAGCAUUCGAGCUGUCCACACCAUCUACGGGUUCGCUAUCGCCAGGCAGUCCAAUGCGAUCCCCGGCCCGCCCGCGAUCGCCUCUGAAAGCGCUCGAGGAAAGUGGUUACAACCCUCCACCUCGUUCACCCAGCUGGUUCGACGCUACCAGUGGCAGCGCAAUCGAGUCGAUACAGGAGGACAGCGAGCUCAACUUCACACCGAGACAGCCAAUACCUGGACCAUCACCUAUGCCAGUCUUCGGCCGAUCGUCGUCGCUGCGUCGUCGGCCGGCUUCUCCUCUACACAGCUCUACACCACCUACAUCCUAUCCCGCUAGUGUUAUCGACCAGAACGUCCCAAUCAGCACAGUUUCUUCAACCUCCAACUCACCUUCGCUCGGCCCACAGCGAUUCAACGAAGCAUACCCUCCUCUCCACCACUUCGCGAGCAGCUCGCCGUUCAGCAGCAUACCCUCUACGCCAACCUCGCAGCGUUCGCGAUCACCCUCGAUCAGCUCUCUGGAUACGAUUGAAGAUGCGCCAGACCUUGAAAGCGAGGCUAUUGAAACAGAGCGGAUAGAGAGGUUGAAGUUGGCAGCUGAGCGAGCAGAGCGGGCAGAGCGUGGGGAAGAUGUCGAUGAUAACUCUCGUCGACGGAGCAGCUUGGAUGCACCACGAGGCUUUGGCUUUACCCGGGGCGGCAACCGCGAGAGGAAGCGUUGGUCGGUGUGCGGGGGUGAGAGAAGAGCUGAUUUGGACUUGGAAACGAUCUGGGAGGACUGA